AUGCAUUCCAUUCCUCUCCCUCAACCCACUCCAAAGUUACACUCCACUUCUCCUUCUUCUGUUACAUGCAAAAUUCUUGUUAAACCUUCUAAGCCACCAAAAACACUGCCCGGAGUAGUAACUCCGCCGUUACCGUCGGUGCUGCCACCGCCACUGGUAGCUCCGGUGAACCCGGUUAGGAGGCGUGAACUGAACCCGGUUCAAAAGAUUGCUGCCUCGGCUUUGGACAUGCUGGAGAGAUCAGUUACGAAGCUGGAAAAGAAGCACGAGCUGAACCGGGAGGUUGACCCGGCGGUUCAGCUUCAGGGGAACUUUGCCCCGGUUCAGGAGUGUCCGGUUCAGCAUGGGCUCAAGGUGGUGGGCCGGAUUCCGCCGUGCCUGUCAGGGGUUUACGUUAGGAAUGGGGCUAACCCGCUGUUUGAACCGCUCACUGGGCACCAUCUGUUCGACGGUGACGGGAUGAUUCACGCCGUUACGUUGGGUCCGGGGAACGAAGCGAGUUACUCGUGCCGGUUCACGCGAACGAGCCGGUUGGUUCAGGAGUCGGCUUUAGGGAGGCCGGUUUUUCCGAAGCCGAUCGGGGAGCUGCAUGGCCACCUGGGCUUGGCUCGGCUCGGGUUGUUCUUCGCGCGAGCCGUGAUCGGCUUGGUGGACACCUCGAGCGGGACUGGCGUGGCUAAUGCCGGCUUAGUCUAUUUCAACAACCGGCUCCUAGCCAUGUCGGAGGACGAUCUACCCUACUGCGUCCGCAUCAAAGAAAACGGUGACCUCGAGACAAUCGGACGGUUCGCCUUCCACGAUCAAAUCAACGAUCCCCUCAUAGCCCAUCCCAAAGUGGACCCCACCACAGGAGAUCUCUACACUCUCAGCUACAACGUGCUGAACAGACCUUUCCUUAAACUCUUCAAGUUCGACACGUGCGGCCAAAAGUCACGUGACAUACCCAUUUCCCUCCCAGACCCAACCCUCGUCCACGACUUCGCAAUCACCCAAAAUCACGUGAUCAUCCCGGACUACCAAAUUAUAUUCAAGUUAUCCGAGAUGAUCCGGGGCGGGUCGCCUGUAAUCCACGACCCCAAUAAAGUCUCCCGCUUCGGAGUCUUACCGAAAUCCGACGCCGACGAGUCGAAUAUCCGGUGGGUCGAGGUCCCAAACUGUUUCUGCAUGCAUUUAUGGAACGCAUGGGAAGAAGGAGAAGAAACCAUGGUGAUAAUCGGGUCAUGCAUGACGCCCGCGGACGCCAUAUUUUCGGGCGGAAACGACCCAUUAAAAACCGAACUAUCCGAGAUCCGGCUAAACAUGAAAACCGGCGGGUCUACCCGGCGGGUCAUCGUGUCCGGGAUGAACCUAGAAGCAGGGCAAAUAAACAAGAAACUAGUUGGCCGGAAAACGCGAUACGUGUACAUGGCGAUAGCGGAGCCAUGGCCGAAAUGCAGCGGGGUGGCGAAGGUGGACUUAGAGAGCGGAAAGGUGACGGAGUUUAGGUACGGCGAAGGAAUAUACGGCGGGGAGCCGUGUUUGGUGGCGACCGGGGAAGAAGAGGAGGAGGGGUAUCUGAUGAGCUUUGCGAGAGAUGAGAGAAAAGGGAGAUCGGAGUUGGUGAUAGUGAAAGCGUCGAAUAUGAAGAAGGUGGCGUCGGUAAAGCUGCCGAGGAGAGUACCGUAUGGGUUUCAUGGUACAUUCGUUAGUUCGGAAGAACUACGUAAACAAAGGUUAGAUUAAUUAAACGUAGAAUGCAUGCAUGCAUGCAUGCAAAUUAAUAUAUGUGGAUGGCAUGCUGCUGUAAUUCUUUAUGUAAUUAAUAAUAGUCUUA